AUGAACGCGAGACCAUUGAUGACCGAAAAGACCGCCGAUAUGAUCGACGUCUGGCAGGGCCUGAGCUGGCCUCAGACUCGCUUGGUGCCAGAGUGUUCAAUCACUUACAUUGAUUGGGAUAAAUAUAAUGAAAGUUUGAAAUUACACACAGAGUCCAAAGAUAUGCCACGGAUGGGAGACGAGAGUUCGAUAAGCUACAAGGAUCUUGGCAAACCAACCCUUCUUGGGCUGAUUCAUGAUGUGCCAUCGUCUCAUACCAACUACUGGUCUCCGAGAUGUCCGAUGAAUAAUAUCGAGAUUGCAAAAAUAGAGCUACGACGCGCUAGCUCAAGACCCUUUUUGCGGGUCAUGGCAGUAGAGAAACGCGUCCGGCGUUGCAUGCUCUGGAAACCCACUAAAUCUCCCAUGGUUCGUUUUAGCGUCGGGGACGGCGAGGAUGAUACAGACCGUGGCCAAGCUCAAGCCAUGACCACAUCUGCAGAUUGCUUCAUCUUCUCCUGA